UAGGGGAUGAGGGAAGUAGGGCAAAGGUAACCGGGACGUUGUGUAGGAGAGAGGUGACAGUUUGCAGAGCGGAGGACGUGCACCCUGGUUUCACCAUUCUGUUGGCUGAAAUGGCUCGCCUGCUGGCUAAAUCCUGCUUCUUGAAAGGGGGUUUGUCCUGCGCCCCGGGGCCCAUCUUGCUCAGGGCAUACAGCUCUGGAAGUGGUGACUCUGAAUACUUGCAGAAAAGCAUUGUCCCAACCAUGCACUUCCAGAAAAGUCUACCCAGGUUACCGGUUCCUAAACUUGAAGAUACAAUAAAGAGAUACUUGAAUGCACAGCGACCUCUGCUAGACGAUGAACAGUUCAGCAAGACUGAGCAGCUGGCACGUAACUUCCAGAAUGGUGUGGGCAAAGAGCUGCACGAGGAGCUCGUCCUGCAAGAUAAGCAGAACAAACACACAAGCUACAUCUCCGGUCCAUGGUUUGACAUGUACUUAUGCGCACGUGAGCCCAUUGUUCUUAAUUUUAACCCAUUCAUGUCCUUUACCCCGGAUCCAAAGCCAGAGUAUAACGACCAGCUUCUCAGGGCAACAAACAUGACGGUGUCUGCCGUGCGUUUUCUGAAGACCAUUCGUGCCGGCUAUUUGGAGCCAGAGAUUUUCCACUUGAAUCCUGCCAAAAGUGACACACAGAAAUUUAGGAAGCUUAUCCGACUUGUGCCGUCCUCCCUUUCUUGGUACGGCGCCUACAUGGUAAACGCAUACCCCUUAGACAUGUCUCAAUAUUUCCGUCUUUUUAACUCCACCCGGAUUCCAAAGCUGAACAAAGAUGAACUGAUGACAGAUGAGAAAGGCCGACAUCUUCUGGUCCUCAGGAAGGGGAACUUCUAUGUAUUUGAUGUAUUGGAUAAAGACGGAAACGUAGUGAAAGCCUCAGAAAUCCAUGCCCAUCUGAAACACAUCCUGUCCGAUUCAAGCCCAGCCCCAGAAUUCCCAUUGGGGUAUCUGACAAGUGAAAAUAGAAAUACAUGGGCGCUAGUGAGGCAGAAGCUGCUCAACAAUGGCAACGAAGAGGCUCUGAGGAGAAUAGAUUCUGCUGUGUUCUGCUUAUGCCUGGAUGAAUUCCCAACUAGAGAUCGCAUUCACUUGUCGCACAACAUGCUCCACGGGUCCGGCCUGAACCGCUGGUUUGAUAAAUCGUUCAGCAUCAUCAUGACUGAGGACGGCACAGCAGCAAUUAACUUCGAGCACUCGUGGGGAGAUGGGGUCGCUGUUCUCAGAUUCCAAAAUGAGGUUUUCAAGGACAGCACAGAGAGGCCCAGUGUAUCUCCUCAGAGCGUCCCCGCAGCUGUGGACUCCACUAAAGCCGUACAGAAACUUACCUUUAAUCUUGACGACUCGCUCAAAGCAGCAGUAUCUGAGGCUAGGAAGAAGUUUGAUGCGUUAGUGGGAUCACUGACCAUUGAGGCCAUGGAAUUUAAGAGAGGAGGGAAGGAGUUCCUGAAGAUGCAGAAGCUCAGUCCCGAUGCCGUGUCUCAGCUUUCCUUCCAGAUGGCCUUCUUAAGGCAGUAUGGGCAAACAACUGCAACCUAUGAGUCGUGUAGCACGGCAGCCUUUAAACAUGGCCGAACAGAGACCAUCCGUCCUGCUUCCAUUUAUACCAAGAAGAGCUCUGAAGCUUUCGUGAAGAAUCCUUCUAAAUAUACUCCAGCAGAGCUUAAGGAAAUGCUGCAUGACUGCUCCAAAUAUCAUGGACAGCUCACAAAAGAGGCGGCAAUGGGUCAGGGCUUUGACAGGCACCUGUUUGCUCUAAGAUACCUUGCAGCUGGCAAAGGCAUGAAUGUUCCAGACCUAUUCCAAGAUCCAGCCUAUGCGCGGAUAAAUCAUAACGUCCUAUCUACCAGCACGCUGACCAGCCCAGCCGUGCAGCUCGGAGGCUUUGCUCCUGUCGUCCCAGAUGGAUUCGGAGUUGGCUAUGGCGUACAUGAUGACUGGAUUGGUUGCAAUGUAUCGGCCUACCCGGCUCGUGAUGUUAAGCAGUUUGUGCAAUGUGUACAUCAAUCCUUGGAGGACAUUUUCAAAGUAUUGGAAGAUAAACGUGUGAAUAAAUAGAUGACCCCUCAACCACUGGACACAGAAUGAUUGAUUACAUUGCUUUUUUUUUUUUUUUUUUUUUUUAAUACCUACCUCUGUACUCGCAGCUGAGAUUGUACCGUGUGGUUGAGGUGGUCAUAGACAUACAGUUUUCAUAUAAAAUGCAUAAAACAUGCAAUUCGGUUUUGGCCUAGGGGACAAUAAACAAAAAUCUGUGAUUUGUGUAUUAUACUGAAUUAUCAUUAAAAGGGGUUUUCUCAGAUUUACUUUAAUGGUUAAGUCAUCAGUGUCUGAUUAGUGGGGGUCCAACACGCAAUACCCCCGCUGAUCAGUUGUUUGAGAAGACACUGGCACUCGCAGCAGCGCCACGGCCGUCUCUUAGCUCACCGAGCACAGCGCCGUAUAGUGGCUGUGCUUGGUAUCACAGCUCAGCCCUGUUUACAAUGGAGCAGAGCUGUGACUUGACCAAUGAAUGUGACAUCACAUGACCUAGGCUAAGCGGAGGGAAGCGUUACAGCUUUCUCAAACAGCUGAUCAGCAGAGGUCCCAUGUGUUGGGCCCAGAGGAUAAAUCAGCAGUUAAAAAAAUCCCAGAAAACCCCUUUUAAGGCGUCGAAGAGAUGUAAUUAUAGGAACAAUCAAAAUCUUAAAACCUCUUGUAAAAAUGUAAUAGAUUUUUACUGAUCUGAUACAGAUUGAUCAUAGAGAAAGUUGUUACUUCUAGGAUUUUCUUUGAAUAUGAUAGGAUGUAAUUGCCAUGAAUGGUAUCUAUACCAAAGUAAAGCACUUUUAUUAUGGAUCAUCAGG